AUGGCAUCACUUUUCGAUUCGAACCUUUUUGAAGCUCUCCAUCACCCAGACUACUGGAAUCGCAACCCAAAUUCAUGGGGAAGUUUGAGUGAUUGGGAUAUAUACUAUAUCAAUCAUACACCUGGUAGCACAAAAAUGAAAGCACAUCGGUCACUUGGAUUGGAACUUAAAGUUCUUCUAACAAGGCUUUCAAAAACAAGCUAUGGUUAUUAUAAGGCAAUUGAAUUACAAAAGCUCUUGAAGAAUUGUGGCAAGAACACUACAAAAUUAGGAAGGCUAGCUGUUGAAAAUCGAAUGAACAAAUGGCAACCGAGUUUCCCAAAGAAAGAAAAAAUACAAGAGAAAUUCUGGACAGUAGACGAUUUUGAUGAUAACAAGGAGAAUGAUUAUGAGCCAGAUGACGCUGAUGAAAAGAUUGUCACAACAUCAAACACAUCCUUAUGUAAUCCAACUGAUGAUGAUGAAUUCACUAUGCAAGACAUGGAAUUGUUUACGCAACGAUUUGAGACCAUGAAAAACGAGAAAAAAUGGAAGCUCAAGACUGGGAAAUACGUGGAAGACGUCUUGUAUGAUUUGGGAAAGAAAUCUAAAUUUCACAACCUCGUCCAUUCCUUUAUUGUUGACCCUGAGGACAAAUUUCUGCAAUCGGGAUUUACCACUGAUGAACUUACAGAGAUCUGCGAAACAAUGACCGUGCAAGAAGCACCUCAAAUAGAAGGUGAACUAUUGGAAUAUAUUGAUACCUUUGCAAAGACCUCCACGAAAGACAUACGUGAAGCACUAUAUGCUUCUCACCCCAGACUUUGUCGUGAUUAUAAUCCUCUCGUCGAUUUCGCUUAUGAACAUGUGAGGACAACAGUUACUGAUUGGGUCCGUUUGUUAGAAAUGCAGCCAAACCCGCUUACACAACAAGAUUUACCAGAAAGUUGGUUUCGGAUUAAUGUCUGGAGAACCGUCGACAUUGCUUUCUCAGAUACGCCUUUUGUAUUUUUCGUUGGAGGAGAAAAAGCAGGAUUGGCAAGCACAGAAAGGAAAAACCGUGGUAGAACUUUGAAUAAUAUACAUCAAAUGCAACGAAAGAAGAUUGGAAAGAAAGGCGAUGGUUACGUACGAACAUUUGGCUCGAGGCCAAUCGAAUGGGCGGCAUCUGAGGCUGGGUCUAAAUGGGAGGGUGAGCAAGGCACUAAACUCAUAAAGGAACGUGGUUUGUGUUUGCCAAAAACUUUGAAAGACAUCUUUAUAUCUCUUGCACGUAAGGUUAACUUUUCUGAAGAGAAGAUACGCAAGAUUAAUGUUCCAGGAUUUGUUCAUUCAGGUGCCGUCUUAAUUAAGACAAACCUCGAUUGUCCAAAGGGGUAUGCAUGCCGAUAUAUGAGGGAAGAACCACGUGAGAUAUAUGCAGAUAUCACACAAUUUAGUAAUACGUUGGAUGCUCUAGUCACCAUCAUUUACGCCAAGCUCGAAAUUUUGCAAACAAUGAGGAUUGUUAAUGACACGAAGAUUAAUGACAAUCUGAGCAGGUGGAAGAAUCCACAAAAAGUUCAAAAAACCGAUAUUCCCGAUUGUCAUCACACACCCAAAAAAAGAAAACACAAAAAUAUAAGUUUUUGA